CCUUUAGAUUUUGUGUGUACCCUUCUUUAUAUCCUUGGAGAAUCUAAACCUCCUGUACUAUAUAGUAGUUCAUUGUAUCACUCAGUACCUCUCACCCAAAAACAAACUAUAGCCAAGAAGCCAUGCCAAAGCUUCCAAUGAAGGCAAUAAGCAUUUUGAGUAUUUCUUCACUAGUCUUCUUCAUUUCUCUGCAAACCAAUGCAAUGCAUCCUAUCAACCAUGGCUUCCAAGGAGCCAAACCAAACUGCACCUACUCCAUUGAGAUUGAGACAACCUGUGCACAAUCUGCCGAAACCACAGACCAUGUCAGCGUCAGAUUCAGCGACUCCAAGGGUGAUCUGAUCAUAGUGAAGCAUCUGAACAAUCCUAAGCUCUUGUAUGCUCCGAAAGGUGGUUCAAAACAUGGAGGGUAUGGCGGGUUUGGAAGAUGUGCCAUAGACGUGUUUGAGGCCAGUGGACCAUGCAUGAGCUCAAGGGUGUGCUAUCUGUACCUGAAGAAAGUCGGAUCAGAUGACUGGCGACCUGGCUGGGUGAAGGUGCUACAUCGACAAGAUGGUGGCCAUGAAGUACCAGUUUCUUAUGUGUUCUAUUUUAGGACAUUUGUUCCAGAAAACGUUUGGUAUGGCUUUGAUUAUUGUCACUCCAAGGGUGGUCUUGUACCUCAUGUUGUCAGUUUUGACGACUAGU